UGUUUUUUUGUAGCUUGUAUGAUACAUUCAGGUUCUUAGAAUAGUACGGACUACAAAAUGACAACCGUAAAAUACUGUUUAAAAGAGUGAUGUUGGUUGGGUUGAGCAUAGGCUAGCUAGCUAGCUAACGUCAGCAAACCAAACCACUACAACAAGUGUGGCCAGGGUCAAUGAAGUUAACAUAGACAUAAGGGGUUAGUUUUCAAUAUUCGACAUUAGCUAGCUAGCCAUAUGUAUGACGAACUAAAAGAGAAGACGUUUUACAAUCUGAAUUCGCGAUCAAAAAUAUAGUUACUCGUAAAACGUAUUUUUAUUCAUAAAUCUGGCCAUGGCAUUACUGGACAAACCGGGUGCCGCAGUUUGCCGCUGUGUCAGGGGUCCUGGGUCUGAUGACGGGCACUGCGACUGUCCUGGCCACCAGCGAGGCGAAGAAGAAACCUGCAGCUCUGAGUCUCAGUAUUGAAGAGCUCCCGUCCCUCUAUGUUACUCCAGAGCCGCAGCUCCGGUAUGUGGAGCCAGAGGUGGGGCCAGUGGAACAGGGCGUGGCCAAGCUGAGGAAAUGGGCCGAGCCUUACACCAACCAGUGUCAGGUAAUGGGUCUGGUUGCCCUGGAGAAAGCUGAGGAGGUCUACAGGACUGUAGAGCCCACUGUGAGCGCCUCUACCAGGACAGUGAGAGAGACAUAUGAGUUCCUCAAUGAUCCUCCUCCGGACCUCUAUCCCAGCGUCGGGGUGGUUGGCUUCUCUGGCUUCUUAGGAUUGUACCUGGCCAAAGGUUCCAGGGUGAAGAGGCUGGUGUUUCCUGUCGGGCUGAUGGCUCUUAGUGCUUCCAUGUUCUACCCCCAGCAAGCUGCCUCCUUAACCAAGGUGAGCAGGGACUCUGUGUACAGCUGGAGUCAGCAGGGUCUGGAUGCUGUGCAGACGCUCUGGAAGGACCUGCCAUUUGGCAAGGGCAAGGCAGGCUGAGAAGACCGAGGACAAGAGCACUGCUAGCUGACACAGAAAGCCUGGACACAUCGCAUGAGAUUUUAAAAGUUAAUGGCAUCAAAGGUCCCAAAACAAUCACAUUUUGUUGUGUCAUGGAAUAUUUGGUUCAAACGUAGAGGAUAGGUUAUAAUUGGAGCCCGGCCGGUAUAUUGUUUCACCGAUAUUAUCCAUCUAUAUUGGCCGUAAAACCCAGUGUUUUAUUUGACUGUGCGUGUUCAUGUUGUGGGCCUAAUGUUGUGUCAGAGUGUGUUUGGGUGUGUAUGUUCAAUCAUGUGGUGUUCCUAGGUGUGGAUUGUUGCUGGCCCUCAGGCCCUUGUUCUCCUAUGCCUUUGGCACCUGAUUUGUUUCAUGAAAUUGUGAAAUCCUCAUUGACUGAUGUUAAUAUAGGGGAUUAGGAUUCUUGGCAUGAUAACAACGGUUGUCAGAGGAGUUGGACUGCAACUUCUGACAGAAUCACCUAUAUUCACAACAGCCCUCUUUUCCCGAGAGUGUUUCCCUAGGUGGCAACGGUGUGACACAAAGCUCCUCACGGUGCACGUAGUGUUGGCACACAAAACAGAAAACUAUUUGAAUUUUGAAGGACGUUACAUCAUGUCAUCACACCCACCAGUGGUGAGAGCCUGUUAUUACCAUAAUCUACUGUAUGUCUAAAUUGGUUGGAACCAGGCUCUUGUCGUAAAAAUACAAUUUGUUUUCAGUGAUAUAACCUGGCUUACUAGAGGUGAUAUAAACUCUGUAGUUCUGGGUGUGCUGCACCAGUGUGGAUCGAAAUCACAUUCAACACUCCUAUAUGCACCGCGCCUCCAUGGUAUACACACACCCUAGACAGAGCACCUUAACAUACCGCUGUCUCUCCUGUAACAUGAUACAUCACAUUCCCUCUUGCUCAGUUACCUUGCCAACUAACCAUGCCAACCUGUUGUAACCAUGCCAAUGGACACAGGAGACUCCUGUCAGCUGUCCUCUGACCUCGUUUCUGUGUUUAUGUCUAAAUCUUGUUGCUCAUGCUUGUUUUGGUUAUGUUUCUGUAUUUAUUUCUAAAGACAUUCCACCAUCAUUGAUCCACCACAGAGUGCACUACGAUAAUGUUGCAUAAAUUAUUUAAACAGUUAAAGAUGUUCUUCUACUGAAGGUGAUGAUUUUCAGUUUAAAUUGGUUGAUUUUUGUAUUGAUUGUCUGUUCCCAGAAAACUACUGUCUAUAAACAGAGAUAUGGCCCUAAUAAACCAAACUCCUAUGUGA